CGAUUCUACGAUUCAAUUCAAAAGCAGCGCCAACUAAAUCCGCGUUUCAUCCCUUUCCCCUCUCUCUAUUUAAAUUCCCUACCCCCUCUCAACGGGUACCCGACCCGAACCAAACCGAACCAACCCGAACACCGUCGGAAAAAUGUUCGGCAGAAUCAGAGCUUCGCCUUCUUCGCUGGACAGUCUGGAAGGUUCUCCUCCGUCCAAGAUUCUCAAAGACGAUUCUUUCUCUAUCUACGAGGCUACUCUCAUGAAGCUUAAACUCGGUGCGAAACGCGAUAAACCUCCGAUGAAAACGGAAGAGAAGGAGUUCACAAAUGAUUUUCCAGUUACUGAUGAAGCUAAUAUGGAUGUGGAUUGUACUCCGGCAACGGGAAUUGCAGAAGCUUCAAGCUCAAUUGGUGAUAAUGAUGAUAAAGCGACUUUGAUGGACACAGAUUGUUGUUCUUGCGUAGCCACCAUGACAUCACCGGUUAUUAUUACUGGUGUUAGGGAUAGUGUUUCUACUGAGAAUAACACAGAAUCACCAAGGCAAAAUAAUGUUUCCAUCCGAAAAUUCUAUUCUUUGUUGACGAAUAACAGUAGUAGCUGUGGAUCUGCUUCGUCAUCGGGGUCUGUUGUAUCGAAUGGCGAUACAAGAAGUGGAUUGUGCGAGUGAAUGAAUGAAGAUGUGAUUUUUUUUAUGCGAAGUGCUUUUAGGUCAACUAAACUAAAUUGCAUCUGUUGUAUUGUGUUGUAUUGUAUCAUGUAUUAUUUGAAAAUUGAAAUACAAUUAAGGUUCUAUUAAGUAUGAGGAAUUGUAUGUUAUUCCUCAAUCAAACCUGUAUUUAAUGCAUAAUCCAAUUGUCUAUUGUUA